AUGGCAGCACAAAUUCAAGCAAUCGAAGAGCAGACCCUCCCAUUUUAUCAUAAAAGAUAUUAUUACCCUGUCAAAAUUGGCCAGGCUUUCAAUAAUCGAUACCGGAUAAUUGCGAAGCUUGGCUAUGGUGCCUACUCGACUGUUUGGCUUGCGUGGGACGAAAGGUCUUAUCCCACUAGAAUUGUUUUGAUAACAGCGCCUGUUGCUGACUUGAAAUAUAGAGCGAAUGAAUAUGCUUCGCUGAAGGUUUCUGUGCGGAUUGACAGCAAUAAUGCCGAGCCCUCUCCCGUUCUCAACGAAGUCAACAUGCUCCAGCGUUUGAAACAGUUCGCUGAUGAGGAUCAUCCUGGGCUUGACUUUACAAGGCUUGCGCGUGAGAUAUUCGAAACAGAAAGCCUCGCUGGUCGUCAUCACUGCAUUGCAUAUAAGCCCAAGGGCAACAGCAUCCGUACAUUACAGGAGGCAUUUCCCAAUGCAAUGAUCCCUAAGGCUUUAGUGAAAUCCUUGAUACACCGCCUAUUCUUCUCUGUGAACUGGCUACAUGCCACAUGCGGUGUUGCCCAUACUGACAUUUCACCCAUGAAUGUCUUAAUGGAAAUUGAUGACGACACUAUCCUGCAAGAUAUUGAGAACCAGGAAUCCCAGGAUCCAAGUUUGCCGAUAACCUCCACCAUCUCCGGGGAUAUGCCGAUGGUUGUCUAUAAAACUAGACAUACCAUGUUAGCACUCUCCGGCCACCCUAUUCUUACAGACUAUGGUCAAAUGCGACUGGUCGAAGGAUGCGUGAAUCGAGACUGGUGGAUGUCUGAUCUCUACCGCGCUCCCGAAGUGCUCUUGCAUCUACCAUGGGGAUUUCCAGUUGAUAUAUGGUCAAUUGGCGUUAUGACCCUCGAACUUUUGGAGGGAAAAAACCUCUUCGAUCCGAUUGACCGUGUUCAUGGCCAGGUAAGGCUCACCCUCCUCCGCGGUCACCGCCUAUUCUCACUCAAGGCUAUGACAGGGAAUUGGGCCUCUGAAGUACCAGUACCAAAAACCUCACUCGAGGACUUUGUCACGACAAUCCCACCGGGAGAGGAGAAAGACCAGUUUCUGCGUUUUAUACGGAAAGUCUUGACCUGGGACCCGGAAGUGAGAGCCACGUCAAACGAAAUUAUACCAGACGAAUGGCUUAUGAGGCCGUUUUGA